AUGCACGCUUCCACUAUCCUCUACGGGCUCGUUUUCCUGCGGGGCGCCAUGGCGUCUCCGGUUGGUAACGUGGCUGCUGCUGACGUUGAACCUCGGGCCACCGAGCCUGAGGGCCUUGAAACUCGAGAUAUCGAGCGUAGGGCUCCGGCUCUUGGGGACAUGCCCUUCCCAACCUUCCCAUCCCUCAAAAAAAGCCAGGGCAGUGGUAGCAAAGAUUGCUCGUCGAAUGAACAGACAGCGAUCUGCUCUUCGGGAAGCGCAUACUGCUGUAGCCCUGAUGGAAACGGUGGUACCAAGUGUGCUAUCUCGGACUCUUGUAACACCGAUUCAAAGAUCAUUUGCUGCAACAAUAACAGUGGGUAUCAAAUGUGCAUUGGUGAGAUCGACUUCAACAUGCCCGUCACCAUCAAUAUCAACAUCAACGGAGGCGGGAAGGGCAAGAAGGGCGGGAAGUAG